GUCCGCUUUGUUUACUUCAGUGUGCGUUGAGGUGGUGAUGAGGAAGGAGUUACGCGACAUAUGAAUUGCUGCGAUAUGUGAGUGCUUGGUGUGAUUUACAGUAAAGCUCCGUGUUGGCUGCCAUGGUGCUGCGCCGGUAAGGGAUGAGGCAAAGGGGUUCGCCAUGAGUGUGUUUACCGAGUUCCACAAGGCGUGGCGUGCCAGGUUCCCCGGGAAUGAUCUGCCGGCGGCGUGGGAGGAGGACGUUCGCGCCAACCUGGCGAAGCACCGCUCGCGGGUUGCCGUGCUGAAGGAGGAGCUUGAGAAAGAGCAGUUCUACGUGGAAUACCUUGAGUGCCUCUUAAACGAUGUCCAGCGUCAGCAGCGGGGAAGCGGCGAGGCCGAGGAUCUGGAGCGAGGAGAGGCCCAAGGGGAGGAGCGGGGCCAGGGUGAAGGUAGCGAGGGGACACCAGUCCCGGUGUCUACCUCAGGGGUUGAUUCCCCCGUGACAGAGGCUAUCAACACCAUGAUGGUGCAGCGCCAGCAGCCUCAACGGGAGCCUGCGCCCCUCCCCACCUCUCCUGAGGGAGCUGCUCCGGCGCGAGAGGAACAGGCCGGGUCCAAGGAGGAUAGCACGAGAGUGGCACCUUUGUCAGAUGAGGAGGAGACUCCACUGGCGCCCAUCACGCCCCUGGCUGCUCCGCCGCCCGCUGGGGGCAGCUCGGUGCGAGACCUCGCCCGUCGCUUCACCGCUUCUGGUGGCACAAGGCCCGCCGCCGCAGGACGCCCACCGGCCUACAACCGCUCCACAUCAGUGCCCGGUGGAGCACCCAACAAGGAGUCGCAGUUCGUCACUGUCAUCACUGUGAACGGCGCUGGCCAGGGCGAGGACGCGCGUGGCCGCAAAGUGCCGCCUGCCCCGCCCCCCAAGACCUUCCGCAGGUCCACGGGAAAUGAGGGAGAAUCCGAGGCCAAAGCCCCUGUAACUCCUUCCUCCCCUGUGGCGACGCGACCCCCUCAGGCCAUCCCACGCUCCCCCCAGAGGCCACGCCACCCGUCCCCUGUCAGGGACUCCUCCGUAACCCCUCCUGCGAAGGCACCUCUGCAGAAGACGCUGUCUGCAUCUAGCGACGGACGUCCCGCCACACGAGAGGCUCAGAGAGGUUCUCAAGGGGGUCACGAACUCCAGAAGUCACCGUCUAAUCCAAAGGAGCUACAGAAGUCCCCCUCGAGCGCUUCCUCGUCGACAGGAAGCCUGGGCAAAAAGAGCGUGUCCAAGUCGUCCUCGAGUGCAUCAUCGUGUGGGGGCAGCGGGGGCGCAUCGUCCCGCCGCGUGGGGCUGAGGAAGACCUCUUCACUGUCGUCCUCGAGGUGUGGUGAAGACGAGGACGAGGUGGGCGGCGGGUCAGCCUCAGGUGCGUCUCUGGAGAAUCUGACAGACGACGAGCCGCUGUAUGACACCGUGGCGCCCGAUGAGGACGAUGACACAGGCGAGUACGUGCUGCUCUCUGACAAGAGUUCCGAAUACAAUGGCACCGACACUCUCAAGUCGGCGGCAUCGGGCGCCUCAAGUGAGGGCGGCCUCAGCAAGUCUGGCGGCGGGGCUUCAUCUGGGGCCACGCCCUCAGGAGGCUCCCCUGCACCUGAUCAUCCUCCGGACUCUCCUAAAUAUUCCAACUACGUGAACAUCGACUUUUUCUUAAAGAAGAAGAAGGCUCGCGGGCGCCACAUGCCGAGAUGCGAGAGCGUGGAGUCUGACGAAGAGGAGGGAGGCGCCCCAUCCCUGCUGCGUUCUCUCUCCUCAGACCACGAGGAUGAGCCGGAGACCCGCGAGGAGCCGCUGGACAUUGACUCAGGUGAGAGAGGCGUGGUAGCGGCUGCAGGUGUGAGGCGGCCGUGUGAAGGUACGUGGCGUGACAGGUGUGAAGGUUUACCUGUUGUGCCCCGUGACUCAGGCGUGUAUGGCAGCAGCGUGGAGUCAACCAGCCACAUGCCCUCCGCCCCGCCCACGCCGCCCGCCGCCGCCAGAUGGCCGUCAUCGGGGGAGGAGACCAUUCCCCCUGAGACGCCCGACCCCGCGGCGGAGGCGGAGCGCCUCACUAUGUACCGCUGCAUCAUCUCGUCCAUUGUGGAAUCGGAGACCAUCUACCUGGAGUGUCUGGAUGUGGUGCUGCAGUACAUGAAGGCACUGAAGGCCACCCUUACCACCUCGCAGCCCAUGAUAUCCCCAGAUGACUUCUCCACCGUGUUCUACCGCAUCACUGAGCUUCACGCUGCCCACAGUGACUUCCUGAAUGGCCUCAAGGACCGCACCAAUCAGUGGGACGGCAGCAGCUCCAUUGGAGAGCUGUUCAGAGUCCUGGCGAGCAAGCUGGACGUGUACGCCUCCUUCCUGCAGAAUUACCCCCGUGCUGUGGAAACAGUGAGGCGGUGCAGUGCUCAGAGCUCACAGUUUGCUGACAUCACCCGCUCCAUCAAACUCCGCUCCCUCCAGGGCCAGGCACAGUCACUGGAGGACCUGCUUCACCGCCCUGUUGCCAGAGUGCAGAAAAAUGCUCUAGUCCUCCAUGACCUGCUCAAAUACACCCCCGAGUAUCACCCUGACCAUGAAAUCCUGCGAGAGGCCCUGAGGCUCACACAGAACUUCCUGACGCACCUCUCCAUGCUGCACACUGAGGCCAUGUUCCCCGUGAGUCGUGUUCCUGAGAAGUGCCGUGGAAAGGAGGAUGCUGCUCAGGACCGGCCUCAGCGACACCUCGUCCGCAACUCCUUCAUUGUGGAGUUGGUUGAAGGCCAUCGUAAGCUGCGGCACCUCUUCCUCUUCAAUGAUGUUAUAGUCUGUGCAAAGUACAAACCGACUGGCCGGUCUGAGAAGUUUACCUUUGAGGUCAAGUGGUACAUCAGCCUCCAUGACAUUGUGGUGGUGAUCGACAGUGGCCCUGAGACUCUGAAGGAAGCCAAUCCUCCCAACCUGGUGUCCCUCAAGUCACAGGCAUCCACUGUGCGGGACCAACUCAAGCGGCAUGAGGCAUCUGCUGACAAGGGGGGUGGUCGCCUCAACCUGGCGAGGAAUGAGAAGCAACGGAAAAAAUUAGCUGAGUUAGAGGCUCAGUUGGUGCUGGCAUCCCCAAACCUGCCCUUCAGGAUAUCCAAGAGAGCUGGGUCAGUGCACACAUUCCUCAUCUCAUCAGAGUACGAGCGAGACCAGUGGGGCGAGGCAAUCCAGGUGUUGCAGGCCAACACUCCAGGAGUUGGAGGCAGCUCCCUUACUCUCCAAGAACUGCAGACAUGGAUCACUGCCUGCCGCUCCUUCCUCAAGACCAACAUGGGCUCAUUCUUGCUCAAGUCCGGUGUGGAUGACUCCCUGCUUCUUGGUGACCUUCACAUUGUGGUGUCUAGCCUUCAUGGCCUCACUAGUCCUGCAAACAUGUACGUGUGCUUUGAAGUGGAUUCCUACGGCCACUUCUUCCGGAAAGUGAAGACCAAGGUGACAGAAGGAAUAGAACCUCACUGGAACCAAGACUUCAUUAUUGAACUGGAAGGUUCUCAGACACUGAGGAUACUGUGCUAUGAAGACCACCCCAAGCUGGGCACUCAGUUGCGGGGAAAGACACACUUAGAGCUGUCCCGGACCUGGCUGAAUGACACUCUGACAGAGCGCCGUGUCAGCCUCCAGGACUUAGUGUUAGUAUUGUCACUCAAGUUCUUGCCUCCAGAAGCAACUCUGAGGAGAGUGCCCACUGGCAAAUCCUCUGGCCUUUUUGGUGCCAACAUUGCUGUAAUUUGUAGACGAGAAAAGAGGAGUGUUCCUUUCAUAGUGACCCGGUGUGUGAGAGAAGUAGAGAGGCGCGGCAUGCAGGAGGUGGGCAUCUACAGGGUGUCCGGCUUGGCAUCAGAUAUAACGAAACUCAAGAAGUCCUUUGAGUCAAAUCCAUAUGAAGCAGAACAGCUGAUCAAGGAAGUGGAUAUUCAUUCUGUAACUGGUCUGCUGAAGCUGUUUCUGCGAGAGCUUCCCGAGGCAUUGUACACUAGUGAACUGUAUCCACGGUUCUUUGAGGCAUACAGUGCAACAGAUGCUGAGUAUAGAAAGACAACAUUGCUCAAGCUCUUCUCUUCUCUUCCACAACUCAACCAGUCCAUUAUAGCAUACCUUUUGGAGCACUUAGUGAAAGUUGUUGAAAUGGAGCACUACAACAAGAUGUCCCUCCACAACUUAGCCACUGUGUUUGGCCCCACACUGCUGCGGCCCGGUGCUAAGCCAGGGAACCCCUCGCCAGCAGAGAAGUUGGCGGCAGGGACAGUGGAUGUGAUGGCCCAGGCGGGCAUCCUGCACUUCUUCCUCACCCGACGGGCCAACAGGGAGCCAAUCAUGGUUGUUACUCAAUGAAUGUAUUAAUUCAUAUCAUUUAGUUACAUGUUCUGUUCUGUAUAUAGUUUUGUAGUAAUUUUAAUGUGUAAACUUUUUUUUUUAUUCUUCACUUUAUCCCAUGCUAAAGAUGGAUUUUCUUUUCUUUUCCAUUUUACUGAUACAGCACACAAUACAUUUAAAAAAGGCACAGAUUAAAUCUUAAAAUCACUAUUUUAAUGAGUGGUAUAUAAGAAGUUUAUAUGUAUUUAGAUUCAGAAUAUGAUUGUUAUAGUAUAUAAUUAUGUAUUUGGGAUAAUAACACAUAAUAAAAAGUAUAUUGAAGUAAACUAAAAGUAACUUAUAUUUAUUAAGUGUCAAUGCUUCCAUUUUUUCCAUCUGCACAGCAAUACUUCUCAAAAUUAUGCAGUAUGCCCAUGCUGAGUUUUGUCACUUUACGAGGGGUGUGAAAGCAAGUAUGGAUCAUAUUUCAGCAUGUCAGUACUGGAACAUAUGUUGUUGCACCCUCUGUGGCUGAUUGGCAAAAAAAUUAUAGAAUGAUGCAGGUAGUUAUAAGUGGCUGUAAACUCCAUAAGUAAGUAUGCAUAUGUUUUGUCUCAUUUGUUUUACAGUUCUCCUCAUACUGUAAUUAAAAUAAUAUUUUCAAAAUGCAUAAAAAUUAAAAAUAUUGUCCUGAGGUACUGGUAUGCUAAAAUAUGAAGACAAACUGUCAUUGUUACAUCUGCUGUGGUCAGAACCUAAGUGACUUGAUAAGGAUUAGACAUCUAGAACUUGCAAUACAUUAUUUUCAUGAUAAAUUAUCUGAAUUGUCUCAAAUUCAAAAGUUUAUCUUCAAAAUCAAAGUAGAAAUUACUGUACCUCUCAGUGUGUCUUGUAAAAAGCCAUUAUUUGGAUGUAUUCCCAUAAAUCAUGAUUAAUCUUCUUGUGAUUACCCUGGAAACCAAGUUGUAGAAUUUUACAAGGUCAUGUAUCUGAGUGACUUGAGCUGUCAUCCCUGAAAUGUUCAUCUGCCCCUGCUGCUCUGGCAGGGAGGGAGUGUCCUACUUAGGCUCUCCACCUACAGAGGUGUGACUUAAGCUUCACCUGAUCUUGAUGACCUGCUAUGCUGGGAUAGUAGAAUUUCAUAGUCAUAUUCUACAUAAUCUUUGCAAAUGCAGGAAGCAGUGGUAUCUGUGUGUUUUCACUCAUUUCACACAAUUCUCUUUGACUGCAAAAGUCUGGUGAGUCCCUAGCCAUUCCUGAGAUGCUGAUCUCAAGUGAUUCCUUGUUAUGGAUUUAAUGCUGCUGUAUUGCUCAGUUUUAUUUCAUAUUUCCUUUAGGUUUUGCACUGUAAAUUGUCUUAUUAGUUUUCAAAUGGAUUGUUGCCAUAAAUAUAUUUUCUUAAUUGUAUUCCAGUGAUUAUGGUAUUUAAUUUUAAGCCAUUACUACUGUGAUAAAUUUGUUGUGCAUGAUAGCUUUUUUUUUAUUUAGUUCAUUUUAUUUUGUAAGGGAAGAUGUUUGUGUUCGUUUCUGUGGUUGCAUGUUUUAUCAAACUACAGGUGUUUUGAUCUAAAGAAUUCAUAGUGGGACAAUGCCGUCUCAGACUUAUAAUUUGAGGCGAGCUCUUGGUGAAUAUUGAGCUAAUUAGGUCUUGGGUACAUUUCCCAAGAGUCCUGCAGCACACUACACUGGUGGAGAGGACGCUUGUAGUAGUUGAGAGGAGUAUUGUGUUUAUUUGAACAAUUGCCAAAACAGAAGAAUAUUAGUUAGAAUCAUAUCAUAAUAGACUGACUCUGCCAACAGUGCUUCUAAAGUAACUAUGUGUUCAGAACCCUCUUAUGCCUUCAUGAUAAGGAAACAACACCCAAAAGCACCCACACUUUUGGAUAAAAACUGAGGCCUUGUACACCACAACAAGACGUGCACAUUGCAGUGCACAUUCUGCUCUGCCCAGGGGAUAUAUGCCUAAUAUUUUAUAUACGUAUCUCUGCUAUGUACAUUUGCAUCAUUCAGUCUGAUGAAACAAAAUUUCUUGCACCUUUUGAAGCUUCACUGUGUGUGGUUCACUUUUGGUGCAAAUAGUAAACACUGGUCAUGACCUUCCUGCUGCAAGCUUUAGGAUGGACAGUGUGCUGGAAAUUUGGGGGGGAAAUUGAAGUUGAGGAUAUAUUUGCCUUUUUGAAUAAUACUCUUUGCUCAUAGGGAUGAGAUGUGAGUAAGAAUUAUGAUAGAUAUGCUUGUGUAGGUGUAGAUAUUUGUAUAUAUGUUUGUACAUUGUGCUUAUUUUGUACAUUAAAGAUUCUGAUUGCACUUGUGUAAAUGUAUUGAUGGAGACACAUUAUAAAGGUCAUGUUCUUAUUAUAGGAAUAUUUUAGAAAAUUGCAGAGUCCUCAUAAGACAAGGUUCAGUUUCCUUCCAGAAAAUAUGCAGGCCUCUAACUUUUGACUGUAGUGAAAUAGGAAAAUGCUAUCCCUUCUACUUGCUUUCAGUCACUCAUACAGACUAAGAGAGUUGAAAAUUAUUAAUCACUAGUCUGCAUAUUAAGCCAAAUACUGAAGGUGCCUGUUACGGACACAAAAAUUAUGAUUGAAAAGAUGUUAUAAAACAUUGGGUCCAGCAAAGAAAUAUCACUGUAUUUUGGUGUAAAAGUUGUUGUCAAGUCUGGUGAUGAUGUGCAUAAUUGUAAGAUGGAUUCAUAGAUAAUUUUUCUUUUCCUUUUUUUAAAGAUUUACAGAAAUCUUUCAUGGAAAGCUUGUUGUAUUUAUUUGUGUAAUAUUUGUAUUUAUGUGUCAUAUGCUGGUAUAUAAGUUAGAUAGAAAUUCUAAGUUUGUAUUAGUACUGAUACAGGGAUGUUUACUGUACAUUUUUACUUCCAGUGGAGGUAUUCCAUAAUAUUUGAAUAUAAAAAUUCAUCAUUAUUUUGGCUUAUUAUUUCACUAAAGAGACACUGUUGACCCAACUGUUGUUAGUGAAAGUACUGUUGGGUGAUGCUGGGCAGCAUGUUUUGUGAAGCCCCUCUGUUUGACUGGUGAGUUUGCUCCUUUCUUUUCAGACAGUAAUAACAACUUAAUUUAACCAACAUGAAUAGGUUUCCUAGUAUGAAUGGAAUGGUUGCAAUCCAAAUAUAUGUUCCAAUUUGUGUGUAAUCACUUGCAGCAAAGAUGUUUUGAUGUCAAUGUGGCCUCAAGUGAGUUUUUUUUUUUUUUCACAAUCCAGGCAGUCUUCUAAGGACAAAAGCCGGCAAAGAAACAGUUGAGGUGUUUGUUGUCUUGCCAUACCUCACUUCAUGUAAUUGUACCAUUUUGAAUGUACACCAAAAUGUUUUCAAACUAAGAAUAGUCUUUGGAGAAUCAAAGACUGUAUCAAUAUAUAUAUAUAUAUAUAUAUAUAUAUAUAUAUAUAUAUAUAUAUAUAUAUAUAUAUAUAUAUAUAUAUAUAUAUAUAUAUAUAUAUAUAUAUAUAUAUAUAUAUUACAAACAUACAUUGUGUGUGUGAUUUCCUAUUUAGUUAGAUGUGUUCUUUGGGAAGCUAGAUCAAGGCCUUCCCCUCACUGGAUCUAAGAAUAAUCCUAUAUGUGGUAUAUUCUUUCAAUAUAGUGUGUGUGUGUGUGUUUGUGUCCAUGUGUGUGCAUGUGUGCACACAUGUUGUGUGUGUGUGUGUGUGUGUGUGUGUGUGUGUGAGAGAGAGAGAGAGUGAAUGCAUGCAUGCAUAUUUACUUGUGCUUUUGAUUCCUUUUGAAAUAUGUGUACAUAUACAUGUGCAAUAUAAUGCUCUCCAUUACAAACACAUUAUCUUCCUUGGCAUAUAUAAUGCAGUACCUUCUUGCUACCUCUUGUGUUCAUGCAUAUUCAAGUGGAUAUUUAAUAUAAUAGUACAUGGUACAGAUGUACAUAUUCAAGAUUUCUGAAGACUACAUCCCAUUCCUAAACCGUUGUAUUACUACUAGUUGUGGCAACAUGUCUACCAGCAUCCCUCGGAAAGUUUGUUUUGCGGGACAGGUUGGGAAACACAGUAAUGGACCAGAAGCUGUAUUUUUGCAUCUAUUGUAUACAGAGUUGUAUUUGUACUUAAAAGAUAUGUAGAAACUAAA